AUUCUAGAAUCAGCAAAAUGGUUAAAGUUGUUCGAAAAUCAUCAAAGUUGUCGGCUCGACAAGAUUUGAAAAGUUUGGCGGCAAAGUCGAUCUCGAUUUCCCGCGAAGGAAAAGUAGAGGAGCCGAUCGUUGACGACCUUCUGCGGAAAUUAAAAGCGGCAGUUCCAGCUGUAAACGGAAGUAGUGAAGUGACGUCAUUGGAGAUAAUCCAACACGCGAUAUUUUAUAUCCACGAUUUAUGGUCGACAUUGAGUGACGAAGUUAUGACGUCAUAUCCUGUUAUACACCAGACAAGGUUGCAAGCAGUUUGAGAUGAAUACCUUUACUUCUAUGGGAGGAUCGGGUUCGGGAAGUUCCCAGAGGAUGAACGCGUGUGACGUCACGAAAUAUGACGUCAGAGCAUAUAUCAGUGACAUCAUAAUGGCGACCACAAGAAAACGAAGGGCGUCUUCAAGUGGAUUUAGAUAUCGAAAUUGUUGGUCGCCAGUGGGCGGUAGUGAAUCGUGUUUGUUUCGCGAGAAUGGAUUUUAUUAUGACGUAAUAAACACUCUUGUCAUAAAACCGCGACAUGAUUAUUACAUGCACUGAUAAUACAGACAACUCUUUAUUAAACAUAACCUCAAAGUCGAUGUUGAGUUCAAUAAAGUUCAACUAUAUUUAGUUUACCUUGUACAUAAGCAACUACCAACGGUGUAAUUAGUUAUUGUGCAAGCAGGAAGAUGCGAUCAACGGGUAUUUGGUUCCUAACAAUUCAUGCGAGCGCGAGAAAUGUUUAAAAUAAAACAAUGUAGCAUCCAAAAAA